UUCCUCCAGGAAGUCCAAGGUCCUCACACCACUCUGCCUCCCCUUCAGAAUCCAGACGGCAGCCGUCGCUAGCGGUUGAGUCCGAACCAGACUUCUGAAUUAUCAUAGAGACUUUUGAAGCUCACCAAUGGGGAAAGUUCUGCCCCUUCUCCUCUUCUUCAUCUUCCACUGUUCCACUUUCAGCUCUGAAGCAGGUGGAUUCAGAGAUGAAGUCAGAGACAAAAUUCAGACUCGGGAUCUUGAAAAAUUGGAAACGCAGUUGAUGGGAAAAGAGGAAGAUAGAAAAGGCCAGAAAGCGGCACUUGAUUCCAGACAUAGCAGAGUUCUCAAAACGGACAUGUCUCCUGCCACGAAUGACACACAAAGGCAGAAUCCCAGCACAGCCACAAUGCACACAAGCACAAGCACAGAAGAAAUGACUGGAACUACUUCCCCCUCACCCAACACCAGCAGCGCAAGUGAGUACACCAUCUCAGAGUCCACAGAUGCCAGCAAUGUCCCAGUGUUUACAAGCACGCCACCAGAGGGCACAAGUUUCUCCUCACCUGACACGAGCAGCACAACGGAAGACAUCACCACUGAUGCCAGCACCGUCUCAACUUUCACAAGCGUGACACAAGAGAGCACAAGUUUCUCCUCACCUGACACGAGCAGCACAACGGAAGACAUCACCACUGAUGCCAGCACCGUCUCAACUCUCACAAGUGUGACACCAGAGAGCACAAGUUUCCCCUCACCUGACACAAGCAGCACAACGGAAGACAUCACCACUGAUGCCAGCACCGUCUCAACUCUCACAAGUGUGACACCAGAGAGCACAAGUUUCCCCUCACCUGACACGAGCAGCACAACGGAAGACAUCACCACUGAUGCCAGCACCUUCUCAACUCUCACAAGUGUGACACCAGAGGGCACAAGUUUCUCCUCACCUGACACGAGCAGCACAACGGAAGACAUCACCACUGAUGCCAGCACCGUCUCAACUCUCACAAGUGUGACACCAGAGAGCACAAGUUUCUCCUCACCUGACACGAGCAGCACAACGGAAGACAUCACCACUGAUGCCAGCACCGUCUCAACUCUCACAAGUGUGACACCAGAGAGCACAAGUUUCCCCUCACCUGACACAAGCAGCACAACGGAAGACAUCACCACUGAUGCCAGCACCGUCUCAACUUUCACAAGUGUGACACCAGAGGGUACAAGUUUCUCCUCACCUGACACGAGCAGCACAACGGAAGACAUCACCACUGAUGCCAGCACCAUCUCAACUCUCACAAGUGUGACACCAGAAGACACAACUUUCUCCUCACCUGACACGAGCAGCACAACGGAAGACAUCACCACUGAUGCCAGCACCAUCUCAACUCUCACAAGUGUGACACCAGAGGGCACAAGUUUCUCCUCACCUGACACGAGCAGCACAACGGAAGACAUCACCACUGAUGCCAGCACCGUCUCAACUCUCACAAGUGUGACACCAGAGAGCACAAGUUUCCCCUCACCUGACACAAGCAGCACAACGGAAGACAUCACCACUGAUGCCAGCACCGUCUCAACUCUCACAAGUGUGACACCAGAGGGCACAAGUUUCUCCUCACCUGACACGAGCAGCACAACAGAAGACAUCACCACUGAUGCCAGCACCAUCUCAACUCUCACAAGUGUGACACCAGAGGGCACAAGUUUCUCCUCACCUGACACGAGCAGCACAACGGAAGACAUCACCACUGAUGCCAGCACCGUCUCAACUCUCACAAGUGUGACACCAGAGAGCACAAGUUUCCCCUCACCUGACACAAGCAGCACAACGGAAGACAUCACCACUGAUGCCAGCACCAUCUCAACUCUCACAAGUGUGACACCAGAGGGCACAAGUUUCUCCUCACCUGACACGAGCAGCACAACAGAAGACAUCACCACUGAUGCCAGCACCGUCUCAACUCUCACAAGUGUGACACCAGAGGGCACAAGUUUCUCCUCACCUGACACGAGCAGCACAACGGAAGACAUCACCUCAGAGUCCACUGUUGCCUCAACAUAUAUUACCACCACCACAACAACAAUUGUCACCAAUAAUUCAACAAUAGUUAGUGACAUGACAACACCUCAAGUUAGUACCAUUAAUUCUACCAUAUCUCCUCCUGCAACACCCACGAACCCAGAUACCCAGAGCAGCCACACCACUACUCCUCAAGAAAACAAAUGUGAAAAUGGAGGAACGUAUGAUGGUGUUAAGUGUCUGUGCCUUGACAAUUUAUUCCAUGGGCCACGGUGUGAACUCGGUAAUGAUGAGAUCGUUUCGGCUACAUUAAAUGUGCCCAUGGAAUUGGAUGCCCAGGUGAAGAUCACCAACAGGCUGUACCAAAAGGAAUACAACGACACAAACUCGACAGAGUUUAAAAAACUGAAGGCAGAAUUUAAGAUGGAGAUGAGGCAAAUUUACAAGAAUGUGGACGGAUACCGCGAUGUGGAGAUAGUGAGCGUGAUGAAUGGCAGCAUCGACGUGAACUUCACAAUCAUCAUGGAAAUCAAAAUGCCAAACAACGUCAGUGCUAUCGAUAGAGAGGUCGGCAACCGGACCAAGGAGCUCGUGAAGCAAUUGGAAGACGCCAGCGCCAACAGCUGUACCCCGCAGGACCAAGACUACUGUUUCCGUGUUUUAGUGCCCCCCGCUCUGAUUAGAAAUUUUUCGGCAGAAGAUUAUUGCAAAAAUAUCACCACGUCUAAUUAUUCAGCCUACUAUUACGCCGAUACUUCCACAGGAAUCUUGCGCUGUAUUACCAACUGCAUCAAGGACACCAAGACCUCCUGGAACUGCCACUACGGAGAGUGUCGCGUUCUUCAAACAGGCCCCGUGUGCUUGUGCAGUGAUAUGGACAAGUUUUGGUACACAGGUGAUUUUUGCGAGACACGCUUCCAGAAGAGUGAGGUGGGCCUUGGUAUUGGACUCGCCAUCUUGUUUGUGGCCAGUGCCGUCCUGGCUUUCUUUCUCUUCAGAGCCAUGAGGCAGAAAUCUAAAGAGAGCUUCCUUGACGGAGAGGAGCUUUGGUAUGUGGAGGAUGAAGAGGAAGAGUGGAAGCCUCCCGGAGGCCUGAGCAUCAUGAAUAAAGCAGCCUAUGUGGAUGGACUUGAAGGCAGAAAACGGGUAUUCAGACCAACUCUUGAUGCAGUAGAUACUGAAAUGCAGCUGCGGUUCCAGAAGCCAAAUAUAACAUCUCAGCUUUGAUUCCCACCCUGGGACUCGUUUCGGAUAGUUCCCUCCAGGAGUUGAGGUGAAUGAAGAAACCUAACAUCCUACGGAUCGCAACUGGAAGCCCACUAACAGAAAGGCUGGUCUGAUGGGUGGCAGUGAAGUUCACCAUGCCAACUUUAAAAAAAUUCUUCCGAAACUGUUUCAUGGAUGAGACUCUCAGCCUAUUGCUAAGAAGACCACUCUGUUGAAAACAGAUCUGUAUAGGAACCAACGAAGACUACACGUGACUGUUUGCACACAAAAAGAACCCACAAACUGUGCUACAAUCCAUGGAGGGAAGGAAGCAGCAUGGAAUGGUUCAUUCGAUUUCCCUACACAAGAUAUGUUGGAGUCCCCAUCUUUAAAUUAUAUGCAGGUGUGGUCAACCCAUUUUUACGUGUGCCCCCCAUACACCCCUCCUAAUUUGAAUUUUUUAAAAAAUACAAGGUGAUUCAUAAUGAAGCAUACAGUUUCAACGCGCUAUAAAAAAGAAGAAUAUAUAUCUUACGUUACUAGUAACAGAAUUGUAGGGGAAUGUUUUUUGUUUGUUUGUUUUUUUAGAAACAGUCACAAAUGUUCUUUGUGUGCACCCUUGUCACACGACACACAUCGAACCGGUAAUCCAUUUCUGCCCAAACGCAUCUCGCCCUACGCGUUGAUUUUCCCGGGCUUUGUUGAAUGGCAGUGCAAACACCAUCGGCGGUUUCUUCCGAUACACACGGUCGUCCAGGACUUCUAAGUUUGCACAGGCAGCCCAUAGUUUCCAUUGUUUUAAUGCCAAUCGUAGGUACAUUUUUCUGCUUGGAGGUUUUUCCCUGAAUCGCAAUCGAAAAUGCCGUCGAAUGACAGUUACAGAUUCCGUUUUGUUCAAUUCAAGAACACAAAACGCCUUCUCCACUGCAGACGCAGCCAUUUUACCUGACCAGUCACGUGACGUGUGCGCUAUCGCCUACAUCACUUCCCUCAGUAGCGGAACACAAACUUUAUGAGUACAUCUGCUUCACGGUUCGCAGUUGUGGUCCGUGUUGUCGCCUGUUACUGUCUUACAGCGUCUGGAAACUGUAUACUUCAUUAUGAAUAACCCUGUAUAUCCUCAACAUGUUUCCACAUUUAGUUUUUAGCUAUGAUACCAGAAUUAUUAUUAUUAUUAUUAUGGCUCUCCAGUGAUUGCAAAUGGGAAAGUCUGGUGGGAAGGUCUUUAAUAACUGCAGUUCUGGCCAUGGCUCAACGCAGCCAUUGGCCAAAAAAACUUAGCCAUUAAAGACUUUAUAUCCCUCGUGGCAUUAGAGCAGGCAUCCCCAAACUUCGGCCCUCCAGAUGUUUUGGACUACAAUUCCCAUCUUCCCCGACCACUGGUCCUGUUAGCUAGGGAUCAUGGGAGUUGUAGGCCAAAACAUCUGGAGGGCCGCAGUUUGGGGAUGCCUGCAUUAGAGGAAUCAAGGAACCCUUCUGCAAAGGUUCCCCAAACCCUCACCCAUUGAACUAAAUAUUAAGUUGAGCCUAGUGGUUUCCCCAUAGGCCUCCUAUUGUUUUAAUGAAAUAAAUCAAGGAAGAUGUCCUGGAAAAUAUGCCUUCAUGGAGAGACAAAGGAAUGAUAUUGAAAACGGCCUUGCUCUGGCUUAUGAGCAAUUGCAGCCCUAAUGAGAUCCUCCAUUUUAUGGGAAAUGGAAGCAUGUACUUCUGAGAACCCCACAACCAAGGAUAACAUUAUUUUACAAUCUUAUGAUAUAUAUUGGGUUUUUUGUGUCAUGCUUAAGCGUGGUUAAAAACAAAAAACUCAAACUUUUCCUUUUUUUAAAAAAAAAGAGAGACCAGGCAGUGGUUGUGGAACAAUGUGACAAGUACCACCACAACGGAGAUACAAUGCUUUUAAUCUAAUAUAUCACCAUCAAUACCUCACUCUGGAACGGAUUUUAAUUUAUAAUAUUAACCUUUUUGGGAUUUUUAAUUUCCUGUCUUUAACUCUGCCUUUUAUUGUUACCUUUAAUAUUUGUUUUUAUUUUAUUUUUUGUAAAAAGAGAGAUUCUAUUUGCAAUCAAACAGCACACACAUUUUACAAAAGAAAAAUAAAUUUAAAAGCACUGCAAAUUCAAAUUCAUUUUGUUGAGGAGUUAACUGUGUACCUCAGAUCUUUCUUUGGAAAAGAAAAGACAAGGAAUGUGAGGGGUGGAGGGUAUUCUACCGUAUCAUUGUGUGCCAAGCAUUAUAGCACUUUAACCAUAGUUUUGGUCUGCCAUGUAACAGCUUUUACCUCGCUAUUAUUUUGUAAUAAAUGUUUUCAAAAUAGAAUGCUACACAGGGUGGUUGUACGGAUGAAUGCUUAUAUUUAUGAUAAAGUGUAGUUCCUUGGACAAGAAACAUGCAAUAGGGCUAAUACUUGAUUCUGUUGUUGCAUAUAACAAGCCUCUUUAUGAAGAAAUGUGAAGGGUAUUGGGGGGGGGACUUUUCCUCCUUUCUGCCUCCAAGCUGCGGACCCUAAAACGGGCUUUCCUUUCCCAUGCACACCAAAUUUAAGCGGAUUUUCCAGCCUUGGCAGAAAAUGAUUUAAUUGCUGCUGCUGUUUGGUUUUUGUUUGUGUGUGUGUGUGUGUGUGUGUGUGUGUGUGUGUGUUUAAAAAGUUUUGAAUAGAGAUUAUGUUUUUCAAUGUGUUUUGUUUUCAGAUUCUGUAAGCGAUUAAAGUAUUUAUAUUGCACCGUAGACUUUGCUCUCAGAGUGCUGUACUUUUUCUCCUUCUGUCCAAAAGCAAAAACAUACCCGCUUGCCAUUGACCUCCAGAAUCAGUUGUUGUUGCCAUACAUUGUAUAUGCCGUUGUUCCUGACGACGGCGCAUAAAUUGCACCCGGUGUGCUUCAUGUCACAUAUCGCUCCACUCGGGAUGACAUGGAUUGGUUGCCAAUCAACCUCUGAGCCCAAUUCAAGGUGUCUAGAUAAAGGAGUCUAGAUAAAUUUGGCCACCAGGUACCUAGAAGACCACACCCUCUUGGGCAGUUGUUGUGUUUUUUGUGUUUUAUUCAAUAAGGUUUGUUUAGAUAGAUAGUUGGGUGGACACUCGCCUGCAUCUCUCCCUACCAUACUAGAGCCCCUUGGUGGCAGG